GCCCACGCCACCGUCAGAAAUUAGUGUGGCUGAAUAUCUGACUUUCUUCAGGGUUUCUGACCUGAACAAAAUUCUAGACGUGCACGCCAGGGAUAGAGGGCAAUAGGGCGAGGAUGACUGGGCUCGGCCAUUUACCUCGUCUCUUGCCUCUUCUUUUUCUUUUGCAGAACAGUCCACAGCCAGCCACUGAGGUGUGGCUGCCCACCAUCAAGGCCAGGUUGAACCUUCACCGGUCGGACUAGGAUGGCGCCGUGAAGAGACGCCGUCGGUCUUACGUGACUCUUAUUACUGUCACUCAUAAGUCAGGAAAGUCUGCAGUUUUAGCUGUCCAGCUCAUCGACGGCGAAGGGGUGAAUGCUGCACAGUUAAGCCUCGGGUCGACAAUAUGAGGGGCAUGAAUAUGUUGAUCAUUAUGACGCAGUCUUUAUGAUGCCGCGGAUGGCUUGAUUACGUUUAGAAGCAAUAUGAACCGACGCUUCGUCCCCCUCAGUUGAACGUGAUUAACCCCUCAGCCAAGGCGUGGUGUAAGCGCUGUCUGCAGCUUCUUCUCAUUCAACAUGCGUAACCGAGCUAGUAGCCGAGGUUGCAUCGCACCACCUGCAUGCACCGUUAUAUUGCCUGCUAGGCGCUGAUGCGAGGUCGCUGGAAUGUGACUCUCAAAGGCCGCGGUCGCAUCGCUUCAGAAUGGCUGAUACUCGGAUUUCACGCAAUGUGGGCAACAAGGACUUCACGCAGUCGACGGUGGUGAUCAUCGGGGCGGGCUUUUCGGGUACGUUGUUUGUUUGUUUGGGAAGCAAGGGGUGGUUGGCUAAAUCACGUCAACAUAGGCUUGUGUAUGGCGAUUGAUCUUCUCAAGAGAACACCGUGUCGGAACUUCGUGAUUCUCGAGAAAGGAAGUCAGGUUGGCGGGACUUGGUUUGAUAAUAAGUAUCCUGGAUGCGCGUGCGAUGGUAAGCGCCCAACUAAGCCCGCAAGAACUUCGCUAACUCUGCCAGUCUGGAGUACGCUAUACAGUUUCUCCUUCGAACAAAAGUCCGACUGGUCGAGAGAACAUCCUGGACAGGAAGAGAUUCUCGUACAUAUCCCGAUCAACUAAUCCUCAGAAUACCGACUAAUGCUCAACCCAGGAAUAUCUUAUAGGCGUCGCGGAGAAGUACCGUCUCUUCAAAUACAUCCGGUUUAACUCGGUCGUUCAAGCAGCCCGCUGGGAUGACGAGAAACUGCAAUGGACGGUAGAUGUGGAGGUCGCCGGGGUCAAAGACAGACAAUAUAUAGAGUCCUACCAGAUAACCACCGACUUUUUGAUCUCCGCCGUGGGCCAGCUGAAUAUCCCGAAGUGGCCCUCGUACCCAGGUCUAGAUGACUUCACAGGGAAACUGAUGCACUCGGCACGAUGGGAUUGGACUUAUGAUUUCACCGAAAAGCGCGUAGCCGUGAUCGGAAAUGGCCCGACAGCCGUUCAAGUCAUCGGCGCAAUCGCACCCUCCGUCUCGCACCUCACUGUAUAUCAACGAACCCCUAACUGGCUCAUUGAGCGCAACGACAAACCCGUCUCCGCGGUCCAGAAGUUCCUUCUCUCACGAGUCCCACCCCUCCGGUGGCUCAAGCGCUCCCUUCAAAUGCAGUACCGUGAGUUGACGCACAUGGGUCUCGCCAUCCCCGAGUCCUGGUUCUCGAACUAUUUCCGAAGAAACUCUAUAGCAGCCAUGAAAGCCCAGCUACCCGACAAGCCUGAAUUAUGGGACAAGCUGGUCCCGGACUACGCGCCGGGUUGUAAGCGAGUUAUCAUCGUUGACGAUUACUAUCCCACUUUGAACCAGAAGCACGUGGAUCUGGAUACCAGACCUAUUCAUGGGCUAACAGCGUCCGGCGUCCAGACAGAAGAUGGCGAGGUCAAGGAGUUCGAUAUGAUUGUCAUAGCGACAGGGUUCCGGACCGUCGACUUCUUGUACCCCAUUAAGGUUUUCGGAGCAGGCGGUCGUUCUAUCUCCGAUGUUUGGAAGGAUGGACCUAAGGCGUACAAGGGAGCCGUGGUGGAGGAUAUGCCUAAUUUCGGGAUGUUGUAUGGGCCGAACACGAAUCUUGGCCACAACUCUAUCGUUCUCAUGAUCGAAGCGCAAUCCCGUUACUUGUCCACCCUUAUCCACGGAGUCAUCAAGGCCAAGAAAUCGGGCAAAUCUCUGGUGAUCACACCUCGACCUGACGUCGUCCAAAAAUGGGACGAUGAUGUUCAAGCUCGGCUGGCGAAAAGCAGUUUCGCAGACCCGGCGUGCCAUAGCUGGUAUAAGGCCGAAAAUGGCCGGGUUACACAGAACUGGUCCGGGACAGCAGUGCAGUACCAGAAACAAAUGUCCCGGGUCCGUUGGGAUGACUACAUCGUUGAGGGAACUGGCAAGGAGCUGGUUAAGGGGAGGAAUGUGUACAUUGGUAGGGUCGUAGAGGAGAUACCAAUUAGUUAUACGGCUUUGGUUCUUGGACUGGUAGGUGCUGUGGCUGGCGGAGUGGGCUACAUGAAUGGAGUGACUGGGGAGAAGGUUAGGCCAUGGAUCUGGCAUUUGGGAUUGCAGCUGAAGGAGAGACUUCUGGGGUGA